GGGGAGGGGGCCGUUCUGAUUGGCUGAGGAAGGCGUGGGACCGUCACGUGAAAGGGAGCUCGUUUUGUUUGCGGAAGUGAAAGGUCCUGAGCCUGGGAGGAGUUUAGGGAGCCCGGUUUGGACCCAGGAAUAGACUGCUUUGCCAUCAUCACCGCCAUGUCAUCAUGACCUCCAUGAGCAAGCCUUUACCAGUCCCUGUCUGCAGGUGGCCCUUGGGGAGCUGCCCAUUGGGCAGCCCUGCUCUAAAGCCAACCAGAUCAGCCUGGAUGUAUCCCUAGAACACAGGCAGUGAAAGCUCAGGAUAGAGACAGAACAGACCGAAUAGUGGCCUCUCGGGGACCUUGCUGAAGCUUUUGAGGACUCCAAGCCUCAAGUUGGUGCCAGAAGCCCUGGUGGGGAGGAAGAGGGACGUCUGGGCAGAACUCCACAACGCUUAGUGAGGUGGGAUGGGGGACCAAGCCCGGCUGACCACAGACCCCGUUUUCUUCCAGAAGGAGGGAGAAAAAAACAAGACCGAUCCCCCCACUCCUGGGAAGAUGCAGUUCUUUGGCCGCCUGGUCAGCACAAUCAGCAAUGUCACCAACUUGUUUUCCAACCCAUAUCGGGUGAAAGAAGUGUCCAUGGCUGACUACAAAUCUUGCGUCCAACUUAAGGAAGAAGGGCAGAUGAUUUUGUUCAAAAACAGCACUCAUCGCACCUGGGACUGUCUGCUCGUGAACCCCAGGUCCACGCAGAAUGGAUUCCGGCUCUUCCAGCUAGAGACGGAGGCUGAUGCCAUGGUGACCUUUCAUCAGUUUUCGUCAGUGCUGCCCCCCUUUUACGAGAGCUCGACCCGGGUGCUGCAAGCCGAUGUCCUGCAGCAGCUGACCGACUGCAUCCGAAGUCACCCCAGCUGGUCCAUGGCCCAUUUGGCCGUGGAGCUGGGGAUCCGAGAGUGCUUUCACCAUUCCCGAGUCAUCAGUUGCGCCAACAGCGUAGAGAAUGAGGAAGGAUGUACCCCCUUGCACCUGGCGUGCCGAAAGGGUGACGGGGAGAGCCUGGUGGAGUUGGUCCAGUAUUGUCACGCCCGCAUGGAUGUCACCGACAACAAUGGGGAGACCGCCUUCCAUUACGCCGUGCAGGGGGACAAUCCUCAGGUGCUGCAGCUCCUGGGAAAGAACCCUUCGGCCGGACUGAACCACGUCAGCAACCAUGGCCAGACGCCGCUCCACCUGGCCUGCCAGCUGGGCAAACCGGACAUGGUCCGCGUGCUGCUGCUGUGUAAUGCCUGCUGCAAUGUUGCGGGUCAGCACGGCUACCCCAUCCACACGGCCAUGAAGUUCUGCCAGAAAGGGUGUGCUGAGGUGAUCAUCAGCAUGGACAGCAGCCAGAUCCAAAGCAAGGACCCUCGGUAUGGAGGCAGCCCCCUCCACUGGGCCAAAAACGCAGAGAUGGCUCGGCUGCUGCUGAACCGGGGCUGUGAUGUGAACAGCGUCAGCAACUCGGGGGACACGGCCUUGCACGUCGCGGUGAUGCGGGAGCGCUUUGACUGUGUCAUGGUGAUGCUGACCUACGGCGCCAACGCCGGGGCCCGCGGGGAACACGGCAACACGCCUCUGCAUCUGGCCAUGGUGAAAGACAACAUGGAGAUGAUCAAGGCCCUCAUUGUGUUUGGUGCUGAGGUGGAUACUCCCAAUGACCUUGGAGAGACUCCUGCCAUGAUUGCAUCGAGGGUCCACAAAGUUUCCACCAGGAAUUCACUCUUGGCUCUGCUGAAAACCAUAGGGGCGGACCACCUUACAGCCCCCGGGGCGCCCCUGGAGGUCUCCCAGCCCUCCACCUCCACCCAGGACAGACCGAUGCCCCCUCGGAUGCCCAUGCGGGAGAUAGAGCUGCAGGAUUUUGUCCACCUCUCUCGGUCCCGGAAACCCAACUUCAUCCUGAGCUCCAUGAGGGACGAGCGGAGAACCCACGACCACCUGCUGUGUCUGGACGGCGGCGGUGUGAAAGGGCUCGUCCUCAUCCAGCUGCUCAUGGCCAUCGAGAAGGCCGCGGGCAUCCCCACCAAGGACCUCUUCGACUGGGUGGCCGGGACCAGCACGGGCGGGAUCCUGGCUCUGGCCAUCCAGCACGGCAAGUCCAUGGCCUACAUGCGGGGCCUCUACUUCCGCAUGAAGGACGAGGUGUUCCGCGGCUCCAGGCCUUACGAGUCAGCCCCGCUGGAGGAGUUCCUGAAGAGGGAAUUUGGGGAGCACACCAAGAUGACGGACAUCAAGAGACCCAAGGUGAUGCUGACGGGGACCCUGUCUGACCGCCAGCCUGCCGAGCUUCACCUCUUCCGCAAUUACGAUGCCCCCGAGACCAGAAAUGAGCCUCGUUUUGCACAGAACCCCAACUUACGACCGCUCACCCAGCCCCAAGACCAGCUGGUGUGGAGGGCGGCCCGCAGCAGUGGAGCGGCCCCUACCUACUUCCGGCCCAUCGGGCGCUUCCUGGACGGAGGGCUGCUGGCCAACAACCCGACGCUGGACGCCAUGACUGAGAUCCACGAGUAUAAUCAAGACAUGAUCCGCAAGGGCCAAGGUCACAAGGUGAAGAAGCUCUCGUUGGUGGUCUCCCUGGGCACUGGGAAGGCCCCCCAGGUGCCGGUGAGCUGCGUGGACGUCUUCCGCCCCAGCAACCCCUGGGAACUGGCCCGCACCGUCUUUGGAGCCAGGGAGCUGGGCAAGAUGGUGGUGGACUGUUGCACAGAUCCCGACGGAAGGGCUGUGGACCGGGCCCGAGCGUGGUGCGAGAUGGUCGACAUCCACUACUUCAGACUGAACCCCCAGCUGGGCACGGACAUCAUGCUGGACGAGGUCAGUGACACGGUCCUGGUGAACGCCCUCUGGGAGACGGAGGUCUACAUCUACGAACAGCGAGAUCAGUUGCAGAAGCUGGUCCAGCAGCUCCUCACCCCCUGAGGCCCACCCCCCACCCCGCCUCACCUCCCCUCGACCCCGCCUGCCCGGAGGGACGGCCCGGGACGGGCGCCUGGGGGGGCUUCCUCUCCCACCCCCCUCCGGGGCUUCAGGGUGUUCCCAGCUGAAGCUUCGGAGCCCCCAGCUCGGAGCCUUCUCUUCUUGCCGUUACUGCCUUAAAGUGUUGACCAGAGCCACCCACGUCCUCGUGCCUCGUCUCCCCUGACCCUGCCCCCUCCCCCCAGAAUCGCCCCUUGCUGAGCUGGGCUCCCGGAGUGGGGAUUUCCUGGCAGGAUCCCAGCCUUCUUCUCGUUAGGACCCUGAAUGGGGGGCUGGGGACCUGGGGGGAGAGAAGCGAGAGGCGGCUCUGGACAUGCCCCGGAAGCAGACUCUGCCUCCUAUCUGGAUAAACUGCUGGCGUGGAGCCCAGCUGGCACCCCCACCCCCACCCACCCCUUCUGAACGGUUCCCUGGCUCGACCCUGGCGCCCAGGCCGCCAACCACCAUCAGUCCCUCACCCUGAUAGAAAAUCCGCCCGGCCCAGAGGGAGGAGGCUCCCAGCCGACCUGUCCCAGCCCAGGGCACUCCCCAAGGCCAUACCUUGUCGGUCGCUCCCCUUCUCCCUCCCUCCCUCCACUGUCUGGGUUAAGUUAUUUUGGACAAGAAAAUGUCAUAAGCUGCUGCUCUGGGCCCGGCUCUUGGUGCCCCCCACAAGAAGGGGGUGCUGGGAGGCCACGAGCCCCCUACCUCCACCUCUCUCCGAGAGGGAAUCCACAAAGCAAAAUAAAUGGCUUGGACUGAC